AUGACAAGAAUUGUUCACUCUUACACUCUUCGAAACUUGGUUCGAGAUGAGUUACAACCAUGGCAUAACAACGUUACAACAUUGGGUAUCACUUGUGACCUUGAAUAUACAAAUGUGUAUGCAAUGUGUAGCAACAUAGUUGAAGAGAAUGAAGGAUUUAAGAUACAUUACAACAUGAAAUUUAUUGGAAGCUUUAAACAUGACCAUUUGGAAGAGCGAGUUCAUUUAGUAGCACUAAUUGUGACAGCAAUGAAAAACGUCCAUCAAGAGGAAAUGCAGCAAUAUCUGUCAACCAAACGACCAACUUCAUUAAUAUCAUCGGCACACAGUUUUCAAAAGCCAGCACGAACGAUACAAAUUUCUGAAGUGGACUAUACUUUCACUCCCAAUCCUAACCUAAUCAAACACGGUUCAAAGAUGGUCCAAAGCGGAAAAUUGACAAACAGUACAACAACCUCCACUGACGUCUAUGUGAAAACAGGUGAAAUUUCAUUGGAGAUUGAAAGAACAAUAACAAUUUGUAAGAAAAUGAGAACUUUAUAUGUGAAAUGUGGAAUCUAUCCAUCAUGCUUGGUCAGUUUAGCUGGAUUUGACUUGGAAACUGUUUGGAAAAUGGAAAUGGAAAACAAAAUAGCAAUAACCAAACACAUGAUGUUGGAUGUAUUAUGUCAACUUGCGAUUUUAGAAUCAUUGGGACGGAUUCAUAACGACGUGAAACCUCUAAACAUUAUUCGAUUUGAUCAUCAUUACUUUUUGAUCGAUUUUGAAAUUUCAGAGAUGUUUGACAGAACGCAAGAGUACUGGGCAACCUAUGAAUGCAAACGCAACGGUCAAGUUGUGAGAAGCAAAUCAUACUCUCAAGGUUAUCGUGCUCCAGAAAGAAAAAGUGAAUACAUUGUUUCUCCCAAAAGUGACAUCUAUUCUCUUGGGCUUGUUGUGUUGGAAUCUUUGAAUUUACGUGUCAAAGAUUAUGAACCAACCAAAACUACACUUUCAAAAUUAUUAUGGCAUGACAAUGAGGACAUUUCAGAGUUAGAAACAUUCCUAUCAAAGGCAUCCUUCUGCAAGAAAACCCACAAGACCGACAUGCUCCACAACAAUUUCUCGCUUUAUUUAACUUGUCAGAAAGGAUCGAAUAUUUUCGAAAGGUAG